AUGGCAGCGGCAGCGGCCCUGGUUGGACUCCAGGCAGAAGCCAAUUGUUCCAUCUGUCUGGAGGGCCUGAGAGACCCCGUCACCAUGGAGUGCGGGCACAACUUCUGCCGCUCCUGCAUCCAGCGGUCCUGGGCUCACCUGGAGGACAGGUUCCCUUGCCCCGUGUGCCGCCACCCGUGCCAAGAGCGGCCGGUUCUGAGCCUCUUCUGCGAGGAACACGUGGAGGUGCUGUGUCCCCUGUGCUCACGGACCCCUGAGCACCAGGGCCACUUGGUGAGGCCGGUGGGCGAGGCCGCCGCUGACCACCGGCAGAGGCUCGGCGCUCACGUGGAGCCUUUGAAGAGGCGGGUGGCAGAUGCCCACAGCCUGGUGGCCGCGCAGGACAGAAAGCUGCUGGAGCUGCGGGAGCUGGUGCCGCGCCAGCGGCUGGAUCUGGCCUCGGAGUUCCGGCAGCUGAGUCGGGCUGUGGACGGCGAGCAGGAGGCCGUCGUGGCGAGGCUGGUCCAGGAGGAGCAGGACAUCCAGGAGCAGCUGGGCGUCAACAUCACCGCCUUCUCAGACCACAUCUGCGAGCUGCGGGGCCUCCUACAGGAGGUGACAGAGAGAAGCGUGCUGCCUGGAGCCAGGCUGCUGAGCGGCAUAGGGGGCGUCCUGGGCAGGUGCGAGCGUCUGAAGUGCCCCGACGUCUACUCCUUCCAGCUGAGGCGGGAACGCUGCAGCCUGCCCCCGCAGCCCUCGGCUCUGCAGAAAAUCAUUCAGAAGUUCCGGGAGGACGUGACCCUGGACCCCGAGACAGCGCAUCCCAACCUGCUCGUGUCCGAGGAUAGAAAGUCGGUGACGUUUGCGAGGAGCAGGCAGCUUUUUCCGCCAAGAGCGCAGAGAUUCUGCACGGAGCCUGCGGUGCUGGGCUCGGUGGGCUUUGCCAGCGGCGGGCGGUACUGGGAGGGGCGGGUGGGCGGGGCCGCGUGGGCCGUGGGCGUCUGCGCAGACUCCGCCUCCAGGACCGGCGCUGGGCGCCUGGAGGGACAGAGACGCCUCUGGACUCUGGGGCUGCGCGGAGGGGAUUGUGAGGCCCGCGGGCCGGGGGGCGCCGUUCCCCUGGAGCUGAAGGAGGAGCCUGGCGGGAUCGGCGUGUAUCUGGACUAUGAGUUGGGCGCGAUUUCCUUCUACAGUUGGAAGGACAGGUCCCACAUCCACUCUUUCACCGAUAAAUUUUCUGAGAUCCUAAAGCCCUAUUUCUCUAUCGGAUGCUAUACUCAACCUCUUACAAUCUGCGCAGUAAGAGAUUACUAA